AUGUGUUAACCAAUCAAAAUAGAUCUAACUGCAUCCCCGCUGAACGCUCGACUUCACUGGGUGGACUGCACAUUUCUGUUGGAUAGAUUUGAAUCUGCUAUUCAUAGUGUUUUUGAGUCAACAAUCAAGAUAAAGAUGCAGUUCAUGCUGCUGUUCAGUCGGCAGGGUAAGCUGCGGCUGCAGAAGUGGUAUGUUCCCCUGUCAGACAAAGAGAGGAAGAAGAUCUCCAGGGACCUGGUCCAGACCAUUCUAGCCCGUAAGCCCAAGAUGUGUUCCUUCCUGGAGUGGAGGGACCUCAAGAUCGUCUACAAGAGAUACGCCAGUCUGUAUUUCUGCUGUGCGGUGGAAGAUCAAGACAAUGAGCUCAUCACGCUGGAGAUCAUCCACAGAUACGUAGAGCUGCUGGAUAAGUACUUUGGCAGUGUGUGUGAGCUGGACAUCAUCUUUAACUUUGAGAAGGCCUACUUCAUCCUGGAUGAGUUCCUGCUAGGAGGAGAGGCUCAGGAGACCUCUAAGAAGAACGUACUGAAGGCUAUAGAGCAGGCCGACCUGCUGCAGGAGGAUGCCAAAGAAGCUGAAGCCCCACGGAGUGUCCUGGAGGAGAUUGGCCUGACAUAAACUCCCUCCAUCACUGCCCCAACUAUCUCCCUCUCUUUACUCUCUCUCUCUUCACGGGGGGCCCAAACAUCUUGUUCUCGCUCCUUUUAAUGUGCUGUAGUGUUGUCUUGUACUAAAACUCUUAUCAUGUUGUUAAUGUUA